AUGGCUGAGGUAAAAAUGACCGCUGACGGGCUGAUUGGUCUCGACUACGACCCGCGAAGAUACAUAUCAGCUCCAGCGUGGUCGUCGAUGGGAAUCGAGCAGGCUUCGUCGCAACAUCGCUCGGAUAUCAAGAGGCCCGUCUCGCCGCUGCAGACCAGCUGUCAUGCCUUCGACCCCACUGCUGCUCUCGCCGCCUCUGCUCAUGACCACGCCUUGAUUCCUGACUGGGGACUUCAGCCCGUUCAACCUCACCUUCAAUAUGCCACGACACAGCCAACCGCUGCUGAGACCCCGUUUACGUCGGCCUAUCUACAGCCGUCGCCAAUGGAGCUCAUGCCCGUCACCGAGCAUCUGGAGUCUUCCCUGCUCAGCGGCUCGUACCUCCCGCUUGCGCCAGUCGAUAUCGUACCGUAUACCUGGCAGGAUUUUCAGCCCGAUCUUGCCUCCUUUGCCCCAAUCGAUGGGCUUGCCGACAUGUUUCAGUCGCAUCACCUCCCAGAUACUAGCUCCCCGACCGACACAUAUCUGGAGGUGAGGUCCCUGACCAGCUCCACCAGCGACAACAGCUGGACGUUGGUCGAUAACCGGCGCUCCAUGGACCCCUACCAUGAUCAAAAUGUUUUCAUCAACCCUAAUCAGACCCUACACAACCGGAGCCUUUCUGAAUCGUCGUAUUCUGAUCUGGAUCAUAAUCCAAGGAGUUCCUUUGGAAGCUUUGUGGAGGUCUCGCAUGCCAUGCACUCGCCAAGUUCCUCCGAAUCCACCCUAGAAUCAGAGUACAACGCGUCGUUUCAGCGCAGGGUAUCGUCGGAUCUCGCAUCCCAUGCUUCUUCAUCGCCGCCGACCGCCGUAAGCCCUGUUACCAUGACUCGACCGAUACCCAUGCUCGUCAAGAAGUCAGGAGCCACAUCGUUAUCUCGGUCGCCAAAACAGGCCGCUGGCUCUCCACCUAGCCGGAAGCCGUCUCGCAAAAGCCCGAUCGCCGCGAAGAAUGCAGACACAAAGGUUCGGAAACAGACUGAUCCGAACAAACCUGAGAAAGAAAAGCGUGUUGGCAAGCGGAAAGGUCCCUUGAAGCCGGAUCAAAGAAAACAAGCAAGUGAGAUAAGGAAGCUGAGAGCGUGUCUUCGAUGCAAAUUCCUGAAGAAAACAUGCGACAAGGGUGAGCCAUGUGCAGGAUGCAAGCCAUCCCAUGCGAGACUCUGGCAGGUUCCGUGCACGCGUAUUGAUAUCAAAGAGAUCGGCUACUUCAUGAAGGACUGGAAGGCUGACUACGAGCGCCAUGUGACCCUUGGCUUCUCUGUCGGUAACAUCACAGGGUUUUCUGACGUCGAGCGAACCUUGUUCAUCACACACGGCUAUGGACAGGUUCUUCCCGUCAAGGCGCGAGAGGUAUAUGUCCGCGACGAAGAAUGCUUCAACGUCGACUGGGUGGAGUCUUUGCAGCGGAAUCCAAGCAGCUUCGAGCUGAAGACCUCGAAACUUUCUGCUGGAAUGGAAGGAAUAUCCACUGCGAUACUCUCGGAUUACCUCGACAGACAUAUCGAUGGCAACGGUAGCUUCGAGAGAUUUGUCGAUGAUUACUUUGGCGGAACGCCUUUCCUAACACAGAUGCUCAAGACUGCAUUCCGGUUUUACUUCCGUACCAAGAUGCCAGUUAUCCGUAAGGCUCUUAAGCUCAUUCUAGCGUACAAUCUCACCUUGCAUGUUACCAUGGUGGAAGGUCUCGGUGAACUGGAAGACUUUGUUGGGAAGGUUGAAGACGAGACGUCGAUGUAUAAUGGCAAGGUCAUGGCUCCCGUCAUGAUCAAUUUCCAAAUAAAGUGCGCUAUGGCCAAUAUGUGGCGCGACCUGCAAAAGGACGUUCUGGAAGAGCUGUCUGCCUUGUACUCCAGCGUCUACAGCGGAGAGAAGCUUAAGAAUUGGCCCACGAUUUUCAUCCUUGCUUCGAUAUUAUUAGCAGUGUGGGAGGAGAUGCAGUUCGACUGCCAUUAUCGUGUUCCGGAUCCUGUUGCUGUGAACAAGUUUUGCACGGAUAUGGAAACAACACCCGUCGGAGUUAUUGUUGGGCUCUUCCAAGCGAUCUCCCAGAAGCUACCUGCGUUCACAGACUGGAAUUCCCAAGAGCACCAUCAUCUCCUUAAUUCCAAUCCCGAUGUCUGCGACGCUAUGACCGAAGUCCGGGAACACGUUCGCCAGCACGAAUCUUACCUCCGGACCCGUUCCAACUCUAUGUUUGACCGUAAUGACUUCGACUGUCUUUCGAAUAAAUUCCUGUCUAGACUCGUGUUGCGCUCGAAUCAAGCAACUCGAGAAGUUGUUCAUGCAAUGUAAUACCAGAGUCCCAAUACGUGAAAAUAUGUCGUCAACGCCACCUAAUUUGACAAGAAAGAAGAAAAAAUAAAAGAACGAACAGCAAAGCGCAUAAUGACUUGGCUACAACACAUGGCCGAUAAUGACACGAAUACACUGAUAUUACUUCAACGAUGUGAAACGAGGAAACGACAAUGCUUUUGUCCAAGUUUGCUGUUGACUAAUCCAACUAUCGUCGCUCUUUUUUAUAUCUUUUCGUUUUCUCUUUACUUUGGUAUGGCGAGUUUCCCGAGCCGGGAUAUACCUCUUUUUGUCGUUAUGUACUUUGAUGUUUUGUUCUUGUUUUGUUCUAGGGAACAAAUGAUAACGAGGACCACGAAUCUUAUGACCACGACAUCUGUAACAGUCUGUGAUCGAGCAAAUAAA